CCGGGGUUGUUUUUUUACAAACAGGAGGUCCGAGAUGCGUCUGCAUGCAGCCUCUCUCUGCGGGUCCCAUCUGACAGAGGAAGCUCUCUGAGAUCAGCACUGGGCUGCUGUAGUCUUCCCAGCAUUCUCUUGGAUGAGAUCGUCCUGGCUUGGGAUUUCAUUGGUCUCAGUUCAGAUUGCCCUGGUGCAGUCAGGACUGUUUUAGCAGCGGCCUGGACGAAUGUGGAUCAGUCUGAAUUGGUUUUGGCCUGCUUCCGAGACUACAGGUCGAGCCGAGGCCAGUCAAGACUGGUUAGGUGCAUGUUGGAGCCAGUUUAAAUGUCUCUGCAUGAGUUUCUUCGGGAUGGUCAGGACGCCCCACAGCGGAUUCUGUCCCGACUGACCCAGCUCCUCUACAACCUAUCGGCCACCGUCUUACAGGGGGUCCCCUUCUCUCCUUUCACAACCUUCAGCCGUAAGAGCUCCUGGAUGGACUGGAAUGAUGAGAUUAUGGAGCAGGAGAUCAGUCCUCUGUGUGCCGCAGACAUCAGCCCAGACCUCGGAAAACAGUUUGCAUUCCUGUCAGGUGGCCGAGGACCGAAUGGCAGCCCCAUCAUUAUUUUCCCAGAGUACCCUACGUUUGAUGUGUUGGAGGAACAGGAGUUUCACAACGUGCUGACAUACCUGACCAGUGUUCCCAGUGUCAGCUCGACGGGGGUCGGCUUCAUCCUGGUCAUUGACCGGCGGCAAGACAGAUGGGCAUCAGUGAGGGGGACGCUUCUACGGAUCGCGGGCUCUUUCCCAGGUAACCUGCAGCUGGUGCUGGUACUGAGACCCACAGCAUUCUUCCAGCGGGCAAUGUCAGACUUCUUUUUUAGGUUUAACAAGGAUGAGUUUAAAAUGAAAGUGCCGGUGAUCAUGCUCAGCUCUGUGACUGAGCUCCACAGUUACAUCGACCGCACACAGCUCACUAAGGAACUGGGCGGCACACAGGAGUACUGCCACGAGAAAUGGAUUUCACACCGCACCGCCAUUGAAGGUUUUGCUCUGAUGGUGAAGAAUACGGCACAGACUCUCCAGUCUUUUGGGACAGAGCUGGCGGAGACAGAGCUGCCCAAUGAUGUUGAGGCCACGUCCAACCUUCUAACGGUCCACACAGAGAAGAAGGACAAAAUGAAGGAGGACUUGAAUAUCGCUCUCAGUCAGGGAUCACGUUUGCUGGAGAGCAUCAAUGAGCCGCUGAUGAAAGAUCCAGAUUACACCAUGAACCAGGAUGAACUGGAGAACCUGGCUACUGUUCAGAGGUUGCUUGGUCAGUUAGAUGAGACUGAAACAGCAUUUGAUGAUUUCUGGGAUAAACAUCGAACCAAGCUAGAGCAAUGUCUCCAACUGCGGCAUUUUGAGCAGAACUUCAGGGAGGUCAGAGCUCAUUUAGACAUGGUGUAUGACAGCGUAACAGGCUUCAUCGAGGUCGGGAUUAUCCCCGCCCAUGUUGAACAUACCCUGAUAGAGCUGACCAAUCUUGAAGAGAGAGUAUGUGAGGUGUUGGACCAAGCGCUGGCUCUAGCAUGUGAUGCUGACCAGCUGAUUGAAGCGUCUCAUUACGCUGUGGACUCCAUCCUGCCCAAAAGCUCUGAGCUGCGGGCUGUGUGCGAGGAGAUCAGAGGUAUCCUGGAGACCAAGAAAACUCAUCUGCUCAAAGCCAUGGAGCUGCAUCAGUGUCUAGAGAAGGCAUCUAAAUGGUGUGAUGAUGGGAUCUUCCUGCUUGCAUCUCAGCCUGUAGAUAAGUGUCAAUCACAGGAUGGGGCGGAGUCAGCGCUGCAGGAUAUUGAACGUUACUUGGAAACAGCCAAUCAGCACAAGCUGACAGAUUUGAGUGGACUUUGCAGGGACUAUGAGUCCGUGCUCACACAAGACUUCAGGGACCAGAUGGACAAAGUGUUUCAGAAGCAGCUGUCCAUGCAGGAAAUGUUUGAGAAGAGGAAGGUCAGUCUGAAGAAGUUAGCAACCAAACAGACACGACCCGUGCAGCCCGUCGCCCCACGUCCUGAGGCCAUCAUCAAACCACCUAUCUCUUCUCCAGAUGAUAUGGAGAAGACAAUAGAGGGUGAUGUCAUCAAUGGAAACGGCAGUAAAGAAGAGAUGCCCUUACAGAAUGAGGACAGCAGACACCCGUCUGUCUCUGAUGAAGAGGAGAACUUUGCUGUGCUCAGACGGCAUGUGAUGAACGAGCUGCUGGAGACGGAGCGAGCGUAUGUGGAGGAGCUACUGUGUGUGCUGGAGGGUUAUGGAGCAGAAAUGGACAAUCCUGCCAUGGCUCAUCUCAUCCCUAAUACACUGCUUCACAAGAAGGACGUCCUCUUUGGCAACAUGCCUGAGAUAUACCAGUUCCACAAGAAGACUUUUCUUUGUGAACUGGAAACGUACACAGACUAUCCUGAGCUUGUGGGGCGGUGUUUCUUAGAGAGAAUGACGGAUCUGCAGAUCUACGAGAAGUACUGUCAGAACAAGCCUCGCUCAGAGUCUCUUUGGAGACAGUGCUCUGACUGCGCUUUCUUCCAGGAAUGUCAAAAGAAACUGGAACAUAAGCUUGGUUUGGACUCAUACCUACUCAAACCUGUGCAGAGAAUAACCAAAUACCAGCUCUUACUGAAGGAACUGCUGAAGUACAGUAAAGGCUGUGAGGGCGAGCAUUACCUGCAGGAGGCGCUCUCGUCUAUUCUAGGCAUCCUGAAAGCUGUGAAUGACUCCAUGCACCUUAUCGCCAUCACUGGAUAUGAAGGCAACCUCGGUGAUCUGGGCCGUCUGAUGAUGCAGGGGUCGUUCAGCGUGUGGACGGAGCACAAGAAGGGUCACGUGAAGGUCAAAGACCUGGCUCGCUUCAAGCCCAUGCAGAGACACCUGUUCCUGCACGAGAAGGCUCUGCUCUUCUGUAAGAAACGAGAGGAGAACGGAGAGGGUUAUGAGAAAGCACCUUCAUACAGCUUCAAACACUUACUCAAUAUGAGUGCUGUAGGUAUUACUGAAAACCCGAAAGGAGACAACAAAAAGUUUGAGAUCUGGUGUAAUUCUCGAGAGGAGGUGUAUAUUGUACAGGCGUCGACACCAGAGAUCAAAACGGCAUGGGUGAAUGAGAUCCGGAAGGUUCUAACUGGACAACUAAAUGCCUACAGAGAGGCGAGCCAGCAGAAGAGCUCAGAUCCGACCUCACAGUUAACUCCCACCGGCCUAAACCAGAGCCCCUUCAAGACCACCCUCAAGAAAGGAGAAGAGAAGAAAACUGAACCCACAGCAGAUCACAACGAGACUGUCACCAGUCCCACCACUGAGAGAGCCGCAGUGGCUAAAAAACGUUUUACACUGCAGGGCUUCAGUAACCUCAAGAGUCAAAAAGGAUCGUCCCCCCAUAGUCCUGACCUCAAAACUAAAAGACAUGAGAUUAAGAGUGAUCCUACACCGUUUGGCUUCAGAGACGCAGGUCCCCACAUCUCUCUUUAUAAUACUCGAGUGAAAUGGCUGAGCGCUUCUAGUCUGUUGCUGAAUAAAAGGAGAGACUUCACCGAGGCAGUGCACCCUGUGGACGCAUCUGAGAAGAACGACGGUUACUCGAGUGCCGAGGAUCCCAUGAACUCUGAUCCUGAGGAUGAGGGAGGGAGAAAACUGUCUCCAGGCAGGUACGUGGUUGUUGCUGACCAUGACAAAAGCGGCACACAGGAGCUGACGGUUAAGAGUGGAGACACAGUGCAGCUGGUGAGAGAGGGAGACGAUGGACGCUGGUUUGUACAUAACCUGCGGACCGAUAAGGAGGGCUGGGUCCCUGCUGCAAACCUGCUCACUCUCAUCGGAGAAUCCAAAUCUUCUCAAUCGCUCGACAGCUCCGAAGGCAGUGGAUCUGGAAACCUCAGCACGUCCUCCAGCUGCAGUGAAACCUACACAAGCUUCUCGGACAUCAAAGCCUGAAGCCUUGUGACAGCCUCUACACACUGCACUUUCUACUGAAGCUCCUCGAGUCUCUGUACUGUAUCGUAAUUAACUUCAUCAGCCGUGAAAGGAAUUGACCCCUGCAGUCAGUAUGCACUAUUCAGGAUAUUUUAUAUAGAGCGUCACACUUUCUCAACCUUUUCUCCUUCAUAAGAGAGAGAGAAAAAGUGUCUUCUGUUCCCCAUUCAAAUGUGACUUUACUUUGAAAGUAUCAGCGUGAUGCUGUUUGUUUCACGUCUGCAUGCGUUUCCUCCUAGAUUAAAAGCGAAAAGGGCUCUUGGUCGAGUCGGCAUUAUCAUCAAAGCUGCCUGCCGUUUUAAAACUCUUUAAAUAUACAUAAAAAGGAUUCUCAUUCAACUUUAAUGUACGACCACAUGAGCUUCCACUGGUUUUAUAAAUCUUGUGUUGAGAAUAUUGGUGUCUUUUUGCAAUGUCUGACUUUGUUGGCAUCUUAAGUUUGUAGCUGCAAGACAAUGAAACUGUUUUAUACGAUAAAGAUUCUUGAGGUUAUGCCUGGUGUAAAGUCCUGUUAUUCACUGUAUGCAUUAAUAAAACAGCUGUAUAGUUUAAAUUAUUUCCUAUAAAAGAAGAUUUGUACAGAUUUAACAUUUUAUCUCAUGUUUUUCAAAUAUAUAUAUAUAUAUAUAUACAUAUUGUAUAUUAUGACUACUGUUGUUGUCAUAAAAAUUAAAUGAAAUGUAUUUCAUUGUAUUUUGUAGUAUUUGUGACUUAACUGUUCUGCACCAUUUGUGUACAAUUAUUAUAAUUUUCCAGAAACAACAUACAAUAGAUUUUGUAAUCUAUUGUGUCACCACAGAUUGUUUAUUUGGCUCGUUCAAAAUGUCAUGUCUGGAAAGGGAUAAUUGGCAUGUUGAAACCAUCACUUUUUUUUUUUUUUUUACUUCUGUUUAUGGUCAGAACCUUUUGUUAAAUAAGUAUUUCUUGAUAAAGCAGAGUUAAUCGAUAUCAAUAUUUCUCAAAUCAGAUUUAAUCAAGGAAGAAGCUACCAUGAUUUCUGCCAUUUUUGAUCACCACGGCUUUUCUGUGCUUAAAUGUUUUGUCCCCAUAACUGUCUUUUUAACAUGUUCAGCAAUACAAAAAGUCAUUGUUAAUUUAAGAUUUUAUAUGGCACAUUGCUGCAUGUUAGUUUUAUCUCUCUGUAUUUUCAUUUGAAAUUAAAAUAUUUUCCUGUAUUAUGACUCGUAUAUGUGUAAAUAUGUAUCUAAGAGGAUGUAUGGGAUGAAUGGAUUUAAAAUGCUUCGGGUAAAAUAAACUUCACUGAAACGAUUUA